CAUGUCUGCAGUGGCUCAGUUUUUUUCUGCAGAGACACAGAGCUGCCGGCUGUUAGUCAGCCUCAGUUUCAACAUGAGAACCACUACAUUUGUUCCCAGGCUGCUAUUGAUCUACUGUUGCUUCCUGAAAGCAUUCAAAGCUGGAGUCCCAUUGGAUGCAGGUUUGGUUCGAUCAGAGUGUCGAGAUAGAUACCUGUGGAUCCAGGUGGCUUCAGCAGAGGAACCUAGCUUUGAAGCUGUAGAUGAAGACGGAGUCCAUUCCAUCAGCGAGGAGCUUGCCUCGCGCUGUGGGUACACCAUCAGCACCUUUAAGAUGGAUGGCUUCACCACCUUCAGAGCUUCAUUCUAUUCCUGCUUCACCCAUAAUCAGAACGAUGAGUUGUUCACCUUCAGGUUUAAUGUGAUUGUAAGUGAAGGGGCCAGGUGGAGCAGUCAACCUAUUUCAACAGUCUGUUCUGGUCUCUCCUGGACCCACAGGGAGAUCACUUGUGAGGAAGACUACAUGGAAAUAAUUGUGAACAGAGAGUCUUCCUGUGGUGGUGAGAGGGCAGAGGGCAAACAGGCAUGGCAGGAGGCCCUCUUUCAGGCUCAGAGAAUGGCCAGUUUGACCUGGCAGCUCAUGUUCCUGCAGAAUGAUGGACAGAUCUCAUUCAUGUCAGUCCCUGAUGCCCAGAAGAGGGGCUACAGCCUUACUGCCACUGCCCACAGGGUGGUCUUUCGAUCGCCAUACAAACAGCCACAUGCUGAGGUCAUGAUGGUGGACGGUGUCGCUGUCAAGGUCCUCCAGGUAUCUCUGUUCUUUAAGCAGAAGCUGGUGGUGGUGAUGAUUGACAUGUCCAUGGUCUGCACAGUCCAUUCUGAAUUGUUUGACGACACCCAGUUGCUCUGGAACGUUCCCCAGGUUCUUCCUGUUCUGGUUGGAAAGGGAGCCAGAUUUGAAAGUCAAAGCUUCAGAUUAGGAUUGGGGGAUGCACUGCUGGAUAAAGUUGCAGCCUCUCCUAAAGGUCUUGAAGUGGUUCAGCAGGGAGGAAUGGUGGAAAUCAUAGUUCCUGUUGGGACAGAAGGAGGCUACAGGAAGAGUUUGGUGGAAGACAAUGUCUACAAGGAGUUUUAUACAGCCCUCCUGAUGGGUGAACAUGUAUUUUCUUUGAUUUAUGAGGAUGACAAUAGCAUCGACACCAAACACAGAAUUCUGAAAGUUCUUGAGACACCUCUUAUUUCCCAUCCACCAUUCAGCCUCAACCAGACCACAAGUGACAAUCAGGAGUUCAGUGUCUACCUGGGAAACAUUCCAGCAGAUGUCAUACUGGAGAACAUCUGGAUCAAUGGGAAGCAGAUGUUGGGGAAGUCAGAACAAAACCUCAGCAUCAGUCCAAUUGUUCAUUUAAAUGGUAGUCAAGCAUUCAAACUGCGACUGCCCUUUGAUAACGCUGCUGUGCACUGGAUGAAUUUGGGUGGAGGAGUAGUGCAGUACUCCAUAGAUGUAAACUUUACUUUGACCAUUAUGCCCCAGAAAGAGUCCUACUUCCACCAAGCAUUCAUCACUACUCAUGUCUUUAAUGCUUUUCCUCCACAGAUCACAGCUCAGUGUUUGGAUGAAGGGAUCUCUUUCACCAUAGCCAGUCAGUCACAGAGUCUCUGGGAGGUGGGCAUUGACAACGAGCCUCUGACAGCAGAGUUAGUGGCUCAGAGGGGGUACCAUCUUCAUAAUGAUAGCCACAAAACUACCUUGGAAGUCCCGGUUUUCUCUGUUGGAUACACUUAUGAGGACAUCAACUUGUCGAACUUCUAUGCAACUUUUAAGAUUAAUAUAAGAAACUCCAAAACCCUGGAGGUCCAGGCAUCUGCCUCCAAACGCUGCCUUUUCAGAACUGGAGACAUGAUAGUGUGUUCUGCAGAUGGGACCAUGACUGUGGUAGCAACUCCAGCUUCCACCUGGCCUUCAGUGCAACCAGAACGAACCAGUCUGCUGGAUCGUACUUGCAAACCCAAACAAACCAAUGGAGCCAGAGUUCUGUUUGAGUUCAAGCUGAAUUCAUGUGGCACCAAAACAAUUGUCGGGGACUGGUAUGUAGUUUAUGAGAACGAGAUCCUCCAUGAUCGACUGCUGAUUGCUGAUGGACCAAACUUUAUCUCCAGAGAUCCUCAGUUCAAGGUGACUGUGAGAUGCUUCUAUCCUCUGAGUGCAGUCAACAGAGUUUCUAUGGACCGGGCUUUCUCCUCAGCAACUCCUGGAUUUGGAUCAGUGAGAGUCUUUGAGAGUCACAGAGAUUCAGUCAACAAACACCAGCAUUAUCCUAAACUUCACCCAAACCCAGCUGCAGAGGAAAUUCUACCUCACUUGGACAUCAGGCCUCGAUCCAAACCAGGACCGAGCCCUGUUAUCACAGUACCAGGAGGACAAGAGCAACUACAAUUUCCCACAAACCAGGAUUGGUCCUUACAAUAUCAAAUCAGCCAAGAUCCUCAAUCUUACUGGUUACCCAGUGGUGGGCCCCAGUGGGUUCAACUCAAGGCACCAAACCAGAAUUUUGAAGGAGAGGAAUGGGCAACUUCAGGACCAGCCUUAAAGUCAUUUAAACGUUUUCCUGGUGAUCAUUUGGAAAGUCAGAAGCUUCAAAGUCUGGCCAGCUUCACUGAAGAUGCCAGGAACUCUGACCUACCAUGGGGUCAGUCCAGUUUUGGUCAAAGUAACUUUAAUCAGCAGAAUCCAUCCCUGCAGAGACCUCUCACUGACCUCUCCUUUGGUAUGACAGAACUAAGUCAGCCAUUUUUGAGUUUUCAUGGGCCCUCAAACGGUGAGCUAGAACUGGUCCACAUGGAGCGGCCAGUUUACCAGCAUCAACCUCAAACUCAUGAGGUCCAUCCUUUCCAACAACCACAGGAUCACAUCAGCACUGAGCUACUCCAACCUGAUGAACGCACAACACUUGCUCCUGUUGGUUUCAAAACAAACAUCCCCAACUGGUCCAAAGUCCUGCAGGAGUCUUUCCACAGUGAACAGGGCACUGGAAUCAGAGAUGUCCAAAACUUGGGAAGCCCUGAACCUUUCGAAAGGACUGAGUCUAGAGUGCAGAACAUCCGAGUAAAGCCUCCAAGCACAUUUAUAUCUCUUGUCCCACAUCUUAACCAAAAACCUGUUGUCCACCAAACUCACUCCCAAAACUCGAAUCCCUCCCUGUAUCCCACUGAUUUGACAGCUGAUGGGAACCAGAGGACCCCCCAACAAACUGAGCUCAGAGGUCCAACCAUGGGAGAGUUAUAUGUUAUGAGACCAGAUGUUUUAACAUUGGCACCAAAACAAGUGCAGGAAAAUGUUCAGGUGGAACAGGUGCAGAAAUAUGUAAACCUGGUGGAGCCCCGGUCCAGACUGGUCCAAUCGUUAGCUGAGAAAGAAAACUCGGAACAACCUGCUUCAGGUGUCUCCCAGACCUCAGAAAUAUCUCACAUCAGAAUAAGACCAGUUGGACUUCAGUCAACAGUUCAAACUCCGAACCAGUUUCCACAUUCUCAGAAUCAACAGCAUCUGACCAAAGAGGGAAGUACCAGAACAUUUCAUCAGACCAAAGAUAAUAUUGAUGACCAAAACCCAAUCACAGGAGAGGCAAAGUUCACUCGUCUUCAACCUUACCCUGAAGGUUUAGAAGAUUCAGAACUACUUACCCAAAGCAGGCUGAGCUGUGGUGAUGAGCAAGGUCCAGAUGGAGCCAGUGUUUAUGAAGGCAUCUUCAGAGGAAAGCAAACCAUCUGAAGAGGAAACCAUCUGCUCACUAACAAAUAAAGUUUUCUUCAGUCA